UUAAUUCUCAAAAAAUGCUUUGUUUAAUUAAGUGAAUUGCCAGCAUAUUCUGGAACCAAAAAUUUCGUGAAAUGAAAAUAAGAACUUUACACUGAAAAUUCAUCUCUCUCACGCAACUUCUCUCCUCUCUGAAGUCUCAACGUCUUCUUCUUCUCAGUUUUUCUUCCUUUUGCUACGCCGCUGCCUCACUUCCUCGGCGAAAUCGCCGCCGGCCAUCACCACCAACGUCCUUCUAUCUCCCUCAUAAACCUAUUAUUCAUCUCCCAAAGUUGAACCCAAAAGAAAAUCCAGAAAAUCUCCCUUCCCUUCUCGAUUUACCACCGACCGACGGCCGGCGAAGGCCGCCACUCAGCGUCACCAGAUGCCAUUCCCGCUCCGACGAGCUCGAGCAGCGGUGCUUCUCUGAUUUUUCUCCUGAUUUUCUUUGAUUUCAUUUUCCUGAUUUUCUCUCUCUACAAUCUUUGGCGGCGCGUGAAGUGAGGAAGCGAGGGAAGAAGGAAUCAAGGGAGAUUCUAAGGCAGACGGGGGAGGUGGCGCCUGUGGCGGAGGUGGCGCACCUGAUGGGGUUUGCAGCGGAGUAUGGAGAAGGUUCCUAUGGUGGGUAGAAUCAGGAGAGAGAGAGAGAGAAAGGAGAAGGGGAGUAUUAAAUUAAUGUUAAAGUAAAAGGAAAGUUAAAUUAGUUUUGGGCCGGUGGUAUAGAGUUUCACAAAAACCGGUCUAAUUCGCCAAACUAAUUGAACCGCUUAAAGUGGAAGGGAAACACGUGUCUAUUAAAUCAUAAGGGUGAAGCUCGUUGAGUUGUGCGCCUAAAUAUGGGGGACGAGAUUAUUAAAACCAGCUUUCCUUCCAGCCCAAUUGCAUAUUCUCCAUUCCCGAUAUACCCCUAAAAAAGUCCCAAAAUAACCCUGACUGAUUCUCGACGGCAAACGUUUCGAAUAUAAAGAGUCUCACACUCUGAUAACUCGGAGGAUUUCAGUCGCUGUCCACAGUGAGAAAAUGAGGUUCACUGUGUUGGGGCGAAUUGCUGUUCAAAUUAUGAAAAGUUACUUUCACGAUCGGGAUUGGAAUGGUGAUAUGUUCAAGUUGGGAGAUGUAAAUGAAUUUCACAUGAGAGAGUUCUACGUUAUACUGUUAUCGGCUUCGAUAUUUUCUGGUAUUGGAUUGUUCGCAAAUCCUACUGGGAAGGUCGAAAGCCUUUUCACUGCAUGUGGUGCUGUUUUGAGUUUUAUUAUCGCCCACUGCACAAAGGCAGCGACAAAGAUAGAGAGGCUUUUAUUUUUUAUGUUGGCUGUAUUACUUGGCUGGGCUACUGCUACUCCUUGGUUAAGCCAGUUGCUUGACGUCGACAUGGGUUUUGUAGCCGCCAUAAUCUUGGCUCAUUGCGUUGGGUUUUUGGCAUUUUACACUUCAUCUUCGACUAUGUAUUACCAUUUCCAAUUUCUCUACAUUGAAGCUCUGGCUAACUGCACUUAUACGAUUUUCAUAACCUUGUCUGUUACCACGGCUUUCUUUGGCGGCAACUCUGAUCAUCUCCAGGCGUUUCGCUAUCUUAUGUGGUGUAUGGUGUACGUGGUGGCGUAUAGCCAGGAGGUGGUGGUGAGAUCUCGUAGGGAAGUGGGGGAUUAUUUGAUGGAUGCCAUUUGGCUAUAUCCUUCUCUUCCUGCGUUUGUUGUUCAACUGAUGAAGGAGCUUUGGAGAAUAUUGAGGUGGUUGGUUGUAAUUCUGUAUAAAGCUCUGGAGAAAAUGAGUUUCACUGUGUUGGGUCGGAUUGCAGUUCAACAACUCAAAAGUUAUUUUCGUGAUUGGAAUUGGAACUGUAAGAUGUUCAGUAUAUAUGCGGAACGUCACCUGAAAGUGGUCUACUUUACAAUGUUUUGUGUUUCAAUGAGUUCUGCUGUCGGAUCUUUAUCAUAUCCUACUGGGAACUUUGGAUGCCUUUUCACUGCAUGUGGUGCUGUUCUGAGUUUUAUUAUCUUCUACCGCACUGUCCAAUGGAGAAAGGAGCUUUGGAGAAUAUUGAGGAGGUUGGUAGUAAUUCUGUAUAAAGCUCUGGAGAAAAUGAGUCUCACGGUGUUUGGUCAGAUUGCAUUUCAACUCAAAAGUUAUUUUCGUGAUCGGAAUUGGAACUGUAAGAUGUUCAGCGUAUAUACGGAAAGUCACCUGAAAGAGGUCUACUUUACAAUGUUUUGUGUUUCAAUGAGUUCUGCUGUUGGAUCUUUAUCAUAUCCUACUGGGAACUUUGGAUGCCUUUUCACUGCAUGUGGUGCUGUUCUGAGUUUUAUUAUCUUCUACCGCACUGUCCCAUGGAGAAAGAAUAAGAGGUUUUUGUUUUUGAUGUUGAGUUCAUUACUUGGCUGGGCUACUGCUACUCCUUGGUUAAGCUGGUUGCUUGACGUCGACACCGGUUUUGUAGCCGCCCUAAUCUUGGCUCACUGCAUUGGAUUUGCUUCAUUUUAUAUUUCAACUCACUCGAGGUGGUACUAUUACCAAUUCAUCCCCUUGGAUGCUCUGGUUCGCUGCUCUUAUAGGAUUUUCAUAACCUUGUAUGUUACAAGGGCUACCUUUGGGGGCAACUCUGAUCAUCUCCAGGCGUUUCGUUAUCUUAUGUGGUGUAUGGUGUACGUGGCGGCGUAUAGCCUGGAUGUGGCGAUCAAACUUAAUAGGGGAGAUUUCAAUUAUAUGAUGCAUGCCAUUUGGCUGUAUCCUUCCUUACCUGCAUUUGUUGUUCAACUGAUCAGGGAGCUCUGGAGAAUAUUGAGGAGGGAUGUCAAUCGGGUCAAUCCAUCGGUAACCCAUCGGGUUUCGGGCUUGCCCUAUCGAUUUACGGGUUAUUUAGGGCUGAACUCAGCCGAGCAGGGCUGAACUUGGCCGGGCAGAGCUGAAAUUGGCCGGGCUGAUUGAGCUCUGUCGAUAACUUCAAAGAACCAGCUAUGCGGAAGAUUUGAGUACGGGAAUUAAUAUAAAGAUAGAAGUGUGGAUAUCCCAAAACCCCUGAAUCUAACCUACGAAGUUAUCUAGAGAACGGAUCCCUAAACCCCAACGAUGUGAUUGAUGCAGCAACUCGGGGAUGCUGAAUGACACACGACGAGGGAUGGUGAACUCGUCGUUACGUUGAUAAAUUUGAAUUUGCUUGGGCAAAAUUCAGGAAGAACUCGAAGUCCUUGAGAAAGAAUAAACUCACAAAUUUGAUUGAUAAAAGAUAGGUUAAAAGAUCUGUUUAUGUU